AUGUUCAGCGCUGUUUGCGCCCUUUGGCAUUGCGGCACUGGCCUUCUCGGCUCUCGCCACUAUGCAUUCCCACUACCACUCAUUGCACGGUUGAAGAUUAGCCAUGUAUAUAUAGUUGAUGCCAAUUUCAUAGGAGCAGGAGCUGGUGUUGAGCCAGUAGAUGCUGCAGACUCUGCAGAUGCUGCAGAUAAAGCUGUUAGGCUCAGCGCCCGACCGAGCCCGACCGAGGCCCGGCGCCUGGUUAGACUCGACCCGGCGCCCGGCGCGUCUGACCGAGCCCGACCGAGGCCCGGUGCCCGGUUAGACUCGACGUCGGAUUAA